AUGUCUCGUCCUACCCUCCUCAUUCCAGGUCCCAUCGAGUUCGAUGAUGCCGUCCUCCAGGCCAUGAGCCACCACAGCGAGAGCCACACAGCCCCCGGCUUCAUCUCGGUCUUCGGCGACACCCUCACCCAACUCCGCCAACUCUUCCAAACCACCUCCCCCGCCUCGCAGCCCCUCGUCGUCUCCGGCUCCGGCACCCUAGGCUGGGACCUCGUCGCCGCCAACCUCUCCGAAGCCGGCGACAACGCGCUGGUCCUGCACACCGGUUACUUCGCCAACUCCUUCGCCGACUGCCUCGAGACGUACGGCGCGAAUGUUACGCAGCUCAAGGCCCCCAUCGGGAGCAGGCCGCAGCUGCCGGAGAUUGAGAAGGCGCUGAAGGAGAAGAAGUAUAAGCUUGUCACAGUCACUCACGUUGAUACGUCGACUGGUGUCCUGAGCGACCUUAAGGAGUUGUCGGAGCUCAUCCAGCGCGUGUCUCCUGAGACCCUCCUCGUUGUCGAUGGUGUCUGCAGUGUCGGAUCGGAGGAAGUCCUCUUCGACGAGUGGAAACUCGACGUCGUCCUUACCGGCUCCCAGAAGGGUCUUGGUUGCCCAGCUGGCCUGUCUAUCAACAUGUACUCCGGCCGCGCCAUCGAGGUCUUCAAGGCCCGCAAAACCCCUCCCGCAUCCUACUUCGCCUCGCUCAAGAACUGGAUCCCUAUCAUGCAAAACUACGAAGCCAAAAAGCCCUCCUACUUCGCCACCCCCUCCCCCCAACUAAUCCACGCCCUCCACACCUCCCUCACCCAAAUCCUCUCCCUCCCCCUCUCCACCCGCUUCGCCGCCCAAAAAGCCGCAUCCGCCCGCGUCAAGUCCGCCGUCGCCUCUCUCGGUCUCAAGCAGAUCGCUCUCAACCCCGCUGACCAGGCAAACGGUAUGACCACCAUCUACCUCCCCGAGGGCGUUGCGGUGCCGACGAUCCUGCCGGUGUUGUUGAAGAAGGGGGUUAUUUUUGCGGGGGGGUUGCAUAAGGAGAUUGCGAGCAAGUAUAUUAGGGUUGGGCAUAUGGGGGUUAGUGUGCAUGAUGCGGGGAGGGGGGAUGUGGAGAAGGCGAUUAGGGCGCUGGGAGAGGCGUUGGAGGAGGUGGGGUAUAAGAAGGCUUAG